GCAACAGAUCGUCAUCUAAAAAAUAGGAAUAAAAAUUUAUUAAUCACUGCUCUUUUAUUUUAUUUUAUUUUAUUUUUCCAUAUUCUGUAAAUGCACAAUGACGAUGAAAGCAGGAAAGACGAAUACUCAAGAUUUAGAACAAGUCAAAAAAACCAGCAGCAACCAGGCUUUAGCAAUAAAGCAAUAUACCCAUAACUCUUCUAAUGGUGAAACGUUAUCUUUUAAAGCAAACGACUUUAGCAGUAAUACCCGAGGUUGGUUAGAAUCAUCUAACGUCCAGGUGAAUCCAGCACAUGCUUCAAAUAAACCAACAAUGUCUAAAUCUAAUAUACUAUUAUCUUCUGAGAUGUCUCAAAAAGAUGUUUUGGGCACUGUCUCAGAUGAGGAUAUUCUUAAACUUACAGAAAUGACAGUAAGAUUACCUGAAUUGACAAACCCAGCUUCCAAGUCAACAUCAAAAUCCAAAACUAAACGUCAUCAACGUCAUAAUCUUCAUUCUCUUCAGACCAAAAAACCAAAAGAUACAAAAAACGUUGAUAAUAUGAUAACAUCAAAUCAUGCGGCUUCUAAUAUUUGUAAAUCAAAUGAUCAAACUAAUCCAAUAGAACAUGAUAAAAGACGUUCUCGGCUACCUGUAGCUGUUAACGAAAUCGAAGAGAAUAACAAAAAGUCCGAAGCUGCAUUAAUAGCAGAUGAAUUUUAUCAAAAGAAUCCUCGUACAGACCAUUCUGAACUAUUUUUAUUUAAUCAUCAUUCAUCAUCAUCGACAGGCCUUUUACGUAUUCAUUCAGUUAACAUUACUCCCUCAUCUGAUAUUUUGCUAAAGAAAAAGAAUAUAUCACUUGUAGGACAAAGAAGACAUUCAUUUGGUAGUGUUCAACAGCCAUUAAUUGAAGGAGAAGAAUUAAAAUCAACUUGGAAACCACAAACUGAUAUGAAUGAGUUGAAAGAGGAAAGGCAAGAACCGAACUAUUUAUCAGAAGAAGAAGAAGAAGUGUUUAUGUUCGACUUUUUUUCAUUACCUUCAGAGUUAAAAAAUUUAGUUGAUAUAUACGACAAAAAGGGGAAAAUGGAAAGGAAGAGAAUGAAGGUCAACUUUAAAGAGCAGACAAAUUAUGAUAAUGAAGAAGGCGUUAUUCCACCAAUUGAAACAGUAGAUUAUCAAGAUUUCAUUGGAGGAGACGAGGAAAUUGAUUUUGAAUCCAAUCCUAUUCGAGAUAUAGCUAUUAUUAGAACUACAAGAUCAGAUAAUGUAGAAUUUACAAAGUUAAUUCAACUUACAAGCAAUGAUCUAUUAGAUAACGGACCUUUACUUGAUUUGCGUGUAUCAUUGUUUGGGAAUAUCACAAAAUCUAGUCAAAAUAAUAAAAUCGACACUCAUGUUAUUAAUGAGGACACUAUUAUAACUGAAGCAAACGAGUUUGAUAUUGAUGAACAAGAAGAAUUUAAUGAAGUCCUGAGGAAUGUUGAAAAUAGAUUAGAUCACUUGGAAAUAUUUAAAAAGGAUUCAACUCAAUUCUUACAAGAUCAUAUAAAUAGCUUAGAAUCAUUAAAAUUAUUUGAUCGACUCCAUUUAAAAAACACUACAACUAAUGAGAAUGAUAGCUUGUUACGUCCUACAUUACCCCGAAUUUCUUCUCAUCCUUCAUUUGGGCUUAAUUCUAUUAUACACCCCAUUGUACCUGAGUAUCAUGACGAUUCUGAUUCAUUAUUAUCAUCAUCGUCUUCUAUAUCUAGUCAUCAAUCAUCAUCAUCAUCAGGUAUCAUUCUUCGUCCUAACGAGAAUACACUUCGACAUAAGGAAUCCAGUAACCGAUACAGCAGCGAUCACCACCGUCAUUCUAUGUAUAUAAAUCCAACUGAUAUUAUUAUCAAGACAUGCGAUCCUUUUGAUGAUAGAUUGGAUGAAAUACGACAAGUUAUUCGAUCACUUGAAGGUGAUUUAGAUGAAUUCAAAGUAUCUCUAAAAAACACAGAAGACUUGGUAAAUGAUGUUCAGUUAGAAAUGGAUGAUUUUAAGAAUCGAAUGGAGUUUUAUAUAAAGGAUAUUCCUGAAUCCCAUUACUCUGCACUUAAGAAAUUAGAAGUGGAUAUCGAAUCCAUAUUAUCCAAGAGAGCCAAGAACCCAUGGUUGGAAACUGGAUAUGCAUUACUAUCCUACUUGCUUACAUGCUUUGCAUUGUUAAUUUGGAUCAUAAUUUAUGUUUUAAAACGAGUGAAAAGAGUGAUUUUAUUUCCUAAAAAGUUAUGGAAGACUUAUUCAGAUUACUUGGUUGAACGUAAUAAGGCAGUGAAAGAAGCUAGUUUAAGGUCAGUGAUGGGUAGCGAUAUGCAACGACACGAUUUUAAAGAAGAAGAAAUAUCAAUGACCGCAACGACUCCAAUUCCAACUUCAUCGUCCUUACUGAAAAGGUCAGCAGCAGCAGUAGUAGCAGAUAAACCAUAAAUUACCGUAUAACUUUAAUCGUCUUUACGUUAUUAAAAUAACUGUCAAUCUAGUAUAAUAUCUUUUGUGAUAUGCGUGUAUAUAAUUUUCGAUAUUACUAUUCACUAUUUGUAUAAAAUAAUAAAUUUUUUGUAUUUUUAACUAUCCUU